CUUCCGCUAUGAAAAAGUCGUUUAAAAAUCGCGCGCCGGAAGAUCAAUAUAUCCGAUGGCAGCGCCAGAUCGUAUCCGUUUAUUCACCCGUAUCAACAGCUACUGCGUUUAUAAUCGUUUCGCAAUACACGUGAUUUAUACGCGUGCACAGUGCGUGUGUGCUAUCAACGUUAAGUUAUGAUAACGUAAAUAGUGUCUGAACAGACAUAUCUCCAACAGAACAAGUGAAACGGAGAAUUGCGAAACGUAAAAAUAACACGCUACCGUCGUGCGUGCUUCUUAGACAUCGAGUGCUCUGCGCAUGCGCCGAAAAGCACAGGAGGAUCUGAACAGCAGGAAGAGAUGAAACUUCUUGGAAAAGCUUGAUCAUAGUAAGCUGGUUAAUAAUCAUCCACCGAAUGAACCUAAAGGCACUCUAUGGUCGGAAGACACUAGUCAUUCGUCCAUAUGUUUCCUGGAGGAAUAUUUCGAAAACUAAACCAAAAGCUUCUGAGGUCUUAACGAGCUACCUGCUGCAAACGAACCAGCCACCGUGGACAUCGUACUUCGUGAAGUAUGCCGACGUGGUGAACGAUCAAAGGGGGAUGUCCCACUUCAAUUGGCCGGUAGGCAGCAGCAAUUACCACGUACUUAGAACCGGCUGCUUUCCAUACAUUAAAUAUCACUGCACCAAGAGGCCACGACAGGACCUCAGCGGCGAGGACAAAUUUUUCAAGGCGAUCAAGCUCUUGAACCUUGGUAUACCCACGUUGAUGUACGGACUGGCAGCGACUUGGCUGAUCAGACACCAGGAGAUCGUGAAAACAGCCCAAGGGAACGUGACGAUCUACUUCUUGCUGCCCGAGGACAAGGGUUCCAUGUACUGAUACAACCAUGCCAGUCGACAUUAAUUUGUACCUUAUAAUGUUACUGUUCGAUGUAGGAUGAACGGGGAAUAAAGAAGUUGUAGUUUCCGAUGGGUUUAUUUGUUUUGUGUGUUGAGUGUGGGGUUUAACUUGUGUUGAGGAUGAUUGGGAGAGAGAGAGGAAUGGUAUGUAUUCAAAUAUGAAAUUGUUAAGUAACAACAUGUAGUCACAAG